AUGCGCUUCCCUUCCUUCCCCACAUUCCUCCGCGCCUUCCACACGGUCACCAACACAACAAGCGCUUUCAUCCGAUCGAGUCCUGCUAGCACGCUCGGUCGCACUAUCUACAACACGCCACAGCGCGCUGUCAUAUACCGUUCGAUGCCAAAUAUCCCCUUCUUGGGCGCCCUUUUCGGAUCUUCUAGCAGCAUGGCGGACAACACGAACUACCCUGUCCAGAAGCCCGAGGGCGAGUGGCAGGCACAGCUAUCGCCAGAGCAAUUCCGCAUCCUCCGAAAGAAAGGCACCGAAAUGCCCGGCUCCAGCAAAUUCGACAAGCACUACCCUGACGCCGGCGUCUACAAGUGUACCGGUUGCGAAGCGCCCCUCUACAAGGCAAACCACAAGUUCGACUCUGGCUGCGGGUGGCCCGCGUUCUGGGAUGCCGUUCCUGGCGCUGUUGGACAGAAGCCUGACCCCGGUCUUGGCAUGAUGAGGACGGAGAUUGUCUGCAAUAACUGUGGGGGUCACUUGGGACAUAUCUUCAAGGGCGAGCGGUUCGGUAACCCCAAGGAUGAGAGACACUGUGUCAACGGCGUGUCGAUUAACUUCAGUCCUGAUGACAAGAACUGA